AGCUCGGGAGCGGAAAGUUUUGUCAGCCAGGAUGGCAUGGCGAAGGAAAUAAGGUCGGAUCUGACGUCGGACGCUGAUUUAUCCAAGGUUAUGGUCAACAUGUAGUUGUGUCCAUCUUUCUCGGCAUCAUGGCCCCCUUUUGCCUUGUAUUCUCGUGGCCUAUACAAGGGGAAACAAGGGGUCCAGAAGAUGAGGGGACCAAGAUCAUGGAGAAAAGCUCCUGACGAGGCUAACAAGGGUUCGAAUAAUUGGAGCACGGUCCAUACCUGGCUCACCUUCCAGAUUUUUGCAGACGGGCGGGAGAAAACAUUUGUGCUGGACAUGACGGCUCCGCAAUUCGGCAUCUUCGGCGAAAAAAUUUCUGUAUUUGAAAGGAUUGUUGGAAGUAGGGAAGAUCAUGAAGUAGAAACAACAGCGAUUCCUUCUUGCCCUGAAAUUUGGAGUUUCAUUCAGGAGCAAAGAACCUCCAGGACUACCGUAUUUCAUCCGUGUUGCAAAGAGCUGGAACACCAAGAUCAGCUACUCGAGAAAAUUCCAGAUAAUGAAGAAAAUCCUGAACGUGAUGCGAAGCCUAGCACAAAAACCCCUACUCCCCUCUAUGACCCCACCCCUGGGUACAAUCUUCCGGUGAAUUUUUCCCCAGGCUUAUUUCAGGAGUGGAUCUACGGCAAGACGAACCACAGCAGCGUGGCGUGCAAGAAGAUCAAGGACGUAUCCAACACUUUUCUGGAGCGGCGCUACCCGCCCUCGGUCCGCAGCCUACCCCGGCCGUACAACGUACCGGAACUGCCGGACAGAUCUAAAUUCUUCGGUAUUGGCGUGACGGACUCUGACGACGGACAGUCGAUUGAUUUAUUGACGAACAUGGAGCGUGGGAUUGCCGCUC